ACUCUGUGGACGGAAUUGUGGAAGAAAGAUCAGGAAAACAAGGGAAAGUGGUAUGGAAGUAUCCAAGAUAACCUGCCUGUUAAACCAUGGUAUGACAAAUUGAAAACUAGUGAAAGUCGAGAUUUCAUCACAACAAUAAACAGAUUGAGAUUUGGCCAUAAUACUGCGCCGUCACACCUAGCAAGACUUGGCAUUGUUUCAAAUAACCAAUGUAUACACUGUCAAGCAGAAGAAGGGACGAUCCAUCACAUUAUUUUCGAUUGCCAAAGUUUCAUAAUUCAAAGACUUGUGCUGGCUAGUGAACUUAGUGAUACCAAUGCAUUUAAGUGUGUCUCUUCCUCCCGCCCGCCGCCACUUAACUUUUUACUAAAAGAUCCAACAUCCUAUAAACCAAUUUAUAAUUACAUAAAAAAUACAAUUCAAACAAUUUAAAUGACAAAAUUUAGUGAAGUGAAGUGUAGUGACCCCAAAGCAAUGAACAUUUUCCAAAUAAGAUAUGACCUAAAGGUCUCUGUCACCAGGUCAUAAAAUUAAAAAAAAAAAAAAAAAAAUAAAGAAUCACAAAUGACGUUAACGCCAUAUUUUUUUUGGCGUUACGACCAAUUGAAUCAUAAGCUUUUGUUCUUUAAAACAUUGUAAUAUGAACACGUUUUAUAUAAUCAACUUGAAUAGCUUUUCUGUUCGAGUGGAGCUUUAUAUGGGUUUUCAAAUAAGCAAGCCUUUAACUCCAAUGUGGAACGAACUAGUAGAUCGUACUGUAAGCUCUCACGGUUCUGACAUGGACGGUACGAAACGGAAAUCGGUAACUAUUUCUGAAAAAAUAGAAGAUACACCGAAACAAGAUGAAGAUAAACUGAUUCAAGCGAUAGGUGAAUUCGGGAGAUGGCACGUGAUGCUAACUAUGACGCUAUCUGCACCGAUUCGAAUGACGGCAGUCUGGAACCAUUUGGGAAUCAUAUUUCUGGCACCGAAAACUGAAUUUAUUUGCGCGGAGAGACGUAAUAACAACGAAACCAUCCAAGAAUCGGAGUGCUACAGUGAUUGUACUGAAUACGAAUACAAAACGGAUUUCGUGAAUACAAUCAUUUCUGAAUGGGACCUAGUUUGCGAUCGAUCCUGGCUGACAAACUUCAACCAGACAGCUUGCAUGUCCGGUGUUUUAUUGGGCAGUAUAGUUUUUGGAUUUUUCGCUGAUAGAUUCGGUCGUCGUCCCGCUCUCCUGACGGCCUGCACCACGCAACUGAUAGCUGGAUUCACAGCGCCAUUUUGCCCAAAUUACAUCACAUUCACCUUGGUCCGAUUCUUCAACGGCGCAGCUGUUGCUGGCGCAUUACUGACUUCUUUUAUUCUAAUGAUUGAAACCACGGGCAUAUCGAAAAGGGAACUAAUGAACUGUAUCGUUUCCGUGCCUCUGUCGGUGGGAGAAAUGAUAAUGCCAAUGUUUUCAUAUUACUUGAGGUCUUGGACUAGAUAUAGUUUUGGUCUCGCCCUGCCAAAUUUGGUAUUUUUGGUUUUAUUCUUCAUCGUACCAGAGUCUCCGAAGUGGUUGAUUUCCGUUGGAAGGCUCGAGGAGGCGAGUUUGAUUAUGACGAAAAUAGCGAAAUGGAAUAGACUUCCAACAGAAGACAUGAUGGAUAGAGUAAAGAUUAUAGCAUUUGAAUCCAAUGUUGACGCCCACAAAAACGUCAAGGCUACUUACUUAGACCUGAUCAAAGUGCAGGAGAUAAGGUGGAAGAAUAUCGGAUGCUGUCUUACGUGGUUUAUCCUCGGGCUGAGCUUCUAUGGCAGCAAUCAGUACAUAGGACAGACCAGCCCUAAUGUUUUCGUUGCUAUUGCAAUGGCUGGAGCUAUUCAGAUACCGGGUAUUCUUCUCAGUGGAUAUCUGUGCAAGCGCUUUGGUAGACGUCACACGCUGAUAUUCUUGUUUAUCUUGUGCGGCAUCAGCAAUGCCUUACUAUCGGUGCCUGACGAUUGGUAUUACUUCAAGCUCUUUAUUGGAUCUACCGCCGUCAGCAGUGCGUCUGGAGCAUUUGCGACCGUCUACAUGUUCACAACAGAACUCUUCCCGACGGUAGCCAGAAAUAUGGCGAUGGGAGCUUCAUCAACGGUCUCCAGAAUCGGUUCCAUGCUGGCUCCUUUCAUCGCUGGUCUUACCGCCACUGGACCUUGGAUUCCACCGACUGUUUUCGGCCUUGUACCAUUCGCCGCGGCAGUUGCGUGUUUCUGUCUACCAGAAACCAGGGGCAAAAAGCUUAAAGAUCACUUCGGAGAAACAUAAUGUUAAAAAAAUAAAUCAAUGCUCUUUUGAAAUGAACCACAA